AUGUCUCUGCUCCCGCAAGAUGUCCACGCAGAGCUUUCUCAGCUUCUGCAGGCUCUGCAGUCCCCCGACAACAGUAUAAGAUCUCAGGCCGAAGAGCACUUGCAGAACAACUGGACCUCCUCCCGCCCUGAGGUCCUGUUGAUGGGACUGGUGGAACAAAUUCAAGGCGCUGGCGACAAUGCGACCCGAUCUUUCGCCGCUGUUAUCUUCAGACGAAUUGCUUCAAAGACCCGCAAGAACGAUGCCGGAGAAAGCAUGGAUCUUUUCCUCUCUUUGACCAACGACCAGGCCGCCGUCAUUCGUCAGAAGCUGCUUGAAACCCUCGCCGCUGAGUCUGAUCGUCUCGUUCGCAACAAAAUUAGUGAUGCUGUUGCCGAGCUUGCCAGACAAUACACAGAGAACGGUGAUGCUUGGCCCGACCUGCUUAGUGCUCUUUUCCAACUUAGCCAAGCGCCCGAAGCCGAAAAGCGAGAGAACGCCUUCCGAGUGUUCUCUACGACUCCCGCAAUUAUUGAGAAGCAACAUGAGGAGGCUGUUCUCCAAGCUUUCCAACAAGGUUUCAAGGACGACGCCGUCAUGGUCCGUCUUGCCGCGAUGGAAGCAUUUGCUGCAUUUUUCCGAACCAUAAGCAAGAAGGGGCAGGCUAAAUACUAUGCCCUUAUUCCUGAUGUACUCAACAUUCUCCCUCCGAUCAAGGACACACAGGACUCCGACGAUCUUAGCAAGGCGCUCCUUGCUCUUAUCGACCUGGCCGAGGUGGCUCCCAAGAUGUUCAAGUCUCUUUUCUCAAAUCUCGUUACGUUCAGCAUCUCCGUGGUCCAGGACAAAGAACUCGACAACAUGUGCCGUCAAAACGCGCUGGAACUUAUGGCUACAUUCGCCGACUACGCGCCUUCUGUCUGCCGAAAGGAUCCCUCAUAUACAAACGAUAUGAUUACACAGUGCUUGAGUCUCAUGACGGAUCUUGGCGAGGACGAUGAUGAUGCGUCUGAGUGGAUGGCAUCGGACGAUUUCGACCAAGACGAGAGCGACCAAAACCAUGUCGCCGGCGAGCAGACCAUGGACCGACUUGCGAACAAGCUUGGAGGCCAAACCAUUCUGGCCCCUACUUUCAACUGGCUCCCUCGCAUGAUGACUUCCAUGGCCUGGAGGGACAGGCACGCUGCCUUGAUGGCUAUCUCCGCCAUCUCGGAAGGUUGUCGAGAUCUCAUGAUUGGCGAGCUUAGCCAGGUGCUCGACUUGGUGGUGCCCGCACUUCAAGAUCCUCACCCUCGAGUUCGAUGGGCUGGCUGCAAUGCUCUUGGCCAGAUGAGUACUGAUUUUGCCCCCAAGAUGCAAACCGACUACUAUGACCGUGUCCUCAAGGCAAUCAUUCCUGUCUUGAACUCCCCUGAGGGUCGUGUCAAGUCCCACGCAGCUGCUGCCCUUGUUAACUUCUGUGAGGAGGCUGAGAAGGCCACUCUUGAGCCAUACCUGGACGAGCUGCUGUCACAGCUGUUCCAGCUUCUUCAGAACGAGAAGCGAUACGUCCAGGAGCAGGCUCUUUCAACUAUUGCCACUAUCGCCGAUGCUGCUGAGGCUGCCUUCUCCAAGUACUACGAUACCCUUAUGCCUCUUCUAGUCAAUGUUCUCCAGAACCAAAGCGAGAAGGACUACCGACUUCUGCGAGCCAAGGCCAUGGAAUGCGCUACACUAAUUGCACUAGCCGUUGGAAAGGAUCGCCUUGGCGGGGAUGCCAUGACCCUCGUCAACCUCCUCGCUAACAUUCAGGCCAAUAUCACGGACGCUGACGAUCCUCAGGCACAGUACCUCAUGCAUUGCUGGGGUCGUAUGUGCCGUGUUCUUGGCUCCGACUUCCUCCCCUUCCUUCACAAUGUCAUGCCCCCUCUCCUGGAGCUUGCCGUCGCCAAGGCCGACAUUCAGCUGUUGGAUGAUGAUGACCAGGUGGAGCAAAUGCAGAACGAGGAAGGAUGGGAGUUGGUCCCCCUCAAGGGUAAGAUGAUUGGUAUCAAGACGAGUACCAUGGACGAUAAGCACAUGGCUAUUGAGCUCUUGGUUGUUUACGCCCAAGUUCUAGAGGCUUCUUUCGCGCCCUAUGUCUCAGAGAUCAUGGAAAAGAUUGCCCUGCCCGGUCUUGCAUUUUUCUUCCAUGACCCUGUUAGAUAUAUCUCUGCUAAGCUUGUGCCUCAGCUUCUGAGCUCCUACAAGAAGGCUUAUGGCCCCCAGUCUGCCGAACUCCGCGGCCUCUGGACCGCUACUGUUGACAAGCUUCUCGAGGUCUUGACUGCAGAGCCGGCUAUUGACACUCUCGCCGAGAUGUACCAAUGCUUCUACGAGUCUGUCGAGGUCGUUGGAAAGGAAUGUCUUUCUGCUGAUCACCUGAACCGAUUUAUUGACUCUGUUCAUUCCGCCCUUGAGGACUACAAGGACCGAGUUGCGCAACGUGAGCAGGACAAGGAAGGAGCCACCGCCGACGACGUGGAGGAUGAGGCCGAGGACACUCUGAUUGCCAUCGAAGACGAUCAGACCCUACUUUCAGAUAUGAACAAGGCAUUCCACGCCAUUUUCAAGAACCACGGCGCCGCGUUCUUGCCUGCCUGGGAGCGUUUGAUGGCUACAUACGAGGGAUUCCUUAGCUCUCCCGAUCCUACCCAGCGCCAGUGGGGUCUCUGCAUUAUGGACGACGUCCUCGAAUAUUGUGGUCCUGAAAGCACACGGUAUGCUGGCGUCAUCACUCAGCCAUUGAUUGAUGGUUGCCGAGACCCUUCUCCAGCUAUCCGUCAGGCGGCGGCCUACGGUAUCGGAGUAGCUGCCCACCGAGGUGGAGCGCCAUGGGCACAGUUCUUGGGAAACUCGGUCCCUUUCCUUUUCCAGGUGACCCAGGUUCCCGAUGCUCGUAAUGAAGACAAUGUGUAUGCGACCGAGAACGCAUGCGCAGCUAUCGCCAAGAUUCUUCACUACAAUUCCAGCACUGUGAAUGAUGUGCAAAAUGUCAUCACACAAUGGGUCGAGACUUUGCCUGUGACAAACGACGAGGAAGCAGCGCCAUAUGCCUACGCAUACCUGGCUGAGUUGAUUGAGAAGCAACACCCUGCUGUUGUGAGCCAGGCCGGCAAGGUCUUCGUUUUCAUUGCCCAAGCCCUUGAGGCGGAGACACUCGUAGGACAGACUGCCACCCGUGUGGCCCAGGCGACCAAGGGACUUCUGCAGGCAACAUCGGUUGAUCCCUCGCCGCUCCUGCAACAAUUCUCUCCUCAGGCGCAACAAACCAUCAUGGGAUUCUUCAAUUAG